AAGCAUCUCGGGCCGGGCGGGCGGGCAGGCUGGCGGGCGAGCUCUCCAUCCGUCCAGUUCCGACUAUGCUCCAGGCCGGCAGCGCGUCCUCUCCCGGAGCUGUCCCCGAAGACGUGCGGAGCCUGCUGGCAGAUCUUGAGACAUUUGUAGCAGAAACACUCAGAGGGGAAAAUUUAUCCAAGAAAGCAAAGGAAAAGAGAGAAUUCCUUAUUAAGAAGAUAAAAGAUGUAAAGUCUGCCUAUCCGCAGGAAUUCCACGACAAAGUUGAUACAGAAGAUGGAGAAGAAUAUGAUGAUCCUUUCCCAGGGCCUCCAGAUACGCUCUCCCAAACAUCUGAGCGCUGUGACAAAGACGAUGAGGCACCGUCUGAUGGAAACCAGUUCCCUUCAAUUGCAGCACAAGACCUUCCAUUUGUUCUGAAGGCCGGCUACCUUGAGAAACGGAGGAAAGAUCACAGCUUCCUGGGAUUUGAAUGGCAGAAGCGUUGGUGCGCUCUUAGCAAAACAGUCUUCUAUUAUUACGGAAGUGACAAAGACAAACAACAGAAAGGUGAAUUUGCUAUAGAUGGAUACAACGUCAGAAUGAAUAAUACCCUUAGAAAGGACGCAAAGAAAGAUUGCUGUUUUGAAAUCUCAGCUCCUGAUAAACGCAUCUAUCAGUUCACGGCGGCCACUCCCCGAGACGCCGAGGAAUGGGUCCACCAGCUGAAAUUUGUGUUACAAGACCUGGAAUCUGAUGUCAUUCCUGAGGAUGACGAUGAAAGAGGAGAAUUAUAUGAUGAUGUUGAUCCCGCACCCCCGGUCAUGAGCCCCCCAGCAAAUGGCCAGGCAAGCGACGAUGAAAUUUACGAAGUACUGCCAGAAGAUGAAGAUGACGGUUCUUACAAGAAGACGGAGGAGCCCAAGCAGAUGAGUCAAGAGGCCACUCACACUCCAGACAGAAGCACUGAUUAUGCUAAUUUUUACCAAGGUCUGUGGGACUGCACAGGGACUGUUCCUGAUGAGUUGUCCUUUAAACGUGGUGACGUUAUCUACAUUCUCAGCAAGGACUACAAUAGAUUUGGCUGGUGGGUAGGAGAAAUGAAGGGAACCAUUGGCUUGGUGCCUAAAGCCUACAUAAUGGAGAUGUAUGAUAUUUGAGAGUCCUGGAAAUCCUUCUCAUAGCCCUGUUGGUGGGCUUCUGAAUCACAUCUAAAAACAUCAGCUUUUUUCAAAUCAGCAAAUCCUAACAUUUAGAAAUGAAGAAAGAAGUUGGAGCUUGACUUUUCGUUAUAGUCCAAGAGACACUGUGGAUUUAGCAAGACCAUCCAUGCAUCGAGUGAUGACUUCUCUUCUUUCUCCAUGUUUCAGAAAGUCAUCAGUAUCUCCUUUCCAUUCAUCUUUGCCUGUAAUUUUAUACAGUCCUCCUUUACAGUGUUUUAAUGAUCAUAGAUUAAAGGAAAGUUAUGCUCAGCAAUCUGGUACACACAGGAAAAUUAUUAUACUUUUUGCUGUCCUGCGUGAGAAGCAAUCGUAGUUUUUAUUUAUUCAGCUCCUUUGUGUGAAUCCAAUCAUUUGGCUCUGUGGAAGAACCCAGCACUGUUUCUCAAAUGUCAGAUGACCAUUCUUAUCAGGAGUUUUAUAAUGCCUAUUACUUACAAUAAGUGAAGUUUUGUGGCUGCGAUGUCUAAUUUCACCAACAUUUCCACUUAAUAUAUCUUAAUGAGGCAAGUUUUAAAGUAGGCCCUCUGCACUCAGAGAAUGUGAUAAAGUGCUGGGAGUGAUUUAUUUGGUAUUUCACAUAGUAGUGACCUUUUAUCCUGAAAGAAGUUAUACCUUAUUGGUAAGUUUACAUCAUAUUAAAUGUGAUCACAAGAAGGAAAAAUACCGGAAUGGAAAAACACAGCGUACUGUCAGCUU